AUUCGUUCUCGGUAGGUGCUAUCGUGUGCGGCUCUGCUUAAAACUUCGACAAAAGUCAUGGGAUACGGGCGCACCAAAAGUCUACAAUACCGACAUCUGUAUAACAUUUGUUUGAAAUGGUCAGAUGCUGAGUUACUGGAGCUGCUUAAUGCUUUAGAAAGAGAUAUUUCGUUUUCUUCAUUUGAAUUGGGACAGCUUGUAGGAACCAAAACAUCAGUUGACGUAAGAAGUAUUAUUUUUCAAAUUUCAGCAAGCAUCAUUUUUUAACUUUAUGUUAUUUCUUAUAUUAUUAUCUCACUUUCUUUACAGAAUGAUUACUGUAUUGUGUCUUCUGGAAUCCAGUAUAAGCUCUAAUUUUGAGUAUUGUCAAUCAGUUGGCAAGAGAUUUUUAUCCUAUUUUCCAUGCUUUUUGAUACUCUUCUACGGUGCUUAUCUGAAAUGUGGGAUAAACACUCAUUUUAGUGAUUUUUAAGCCAAGUUGUUCAGCUGUACAUUCAUCAGUGUUGUAAGUAGCUGGUGAAACAUACGAAUAGUAUUCGGGGGAUUAUUCGUGUACUGUUAUGUGUGUGUGGAAGUAAUAGUAGGACGAAUCCAAAUUCAUUCUUAUCCUAGUUACAACAUUAGCUGUCAUCCCCAACCACGUGGUUCUCAUAUUUGUUGUUUUUAAUUCUGUGAUGUUUACGUUUAGAAAGGUUAAGAACAGAAAUUGCAUUUAUGAUUGUCAAAAGAAGUAUCGCCUGGAGUAUCUCUCCAUUCAUAUGAUGGAAAUAAUUCCAAUGAUAUUAAGUAUAUGUUGCAUAGAUUAUUUAGUCUUGACAUUUACUUUCUUUAUGAUUUUCGGUGACGGGCAAUGUCAGCUGAAAUACGACUAGGUGAGAAAAGAGUUAGUUGCGGUGAAACCAAAAUGUGCUAUCAGUCCAUGAAGUCUUUCUUGGUUCGAGUUACCUAGGCAGGUAUAGACUGCCUGGCUGGGGACCUUGGGAUAAUAAGUACCAAUGUCUGGAGACUAAUGGUGAUAUGGCUCAAAAUCAUUCUCAGUGUCACAUUCACUGUUUGUAAUCUCCCGUUUACAAUGAACUAUCAUGUCUUUCCAUUUUACUCUUGUUCCUCGCUUACAUUUCGCCCACUGUAGUUCGUUUGAUUUUCUUUUUUCUCCUCUACCAUUGUGUGAUACAUGGGGUAUGGUAACGUGGACUACUGCACUUCAUUGCAAAGUUUUGUGUUGAAACCCAGUCAGUCAAUUUUUUAUGGUUUUAGAUCAUCACACUUUUAAUGAUUUUUAGGUUGAUGAACUUGUGGAGGCUCUAAUGGAUGUAGAUGAAAGUGAGUUGGAAGGUCGAGACGUUGUAGUUCCUGAUCAAAAACCUGAAGAACCAAUGGAUAUAUUGUUACGGACUGCCAGAUACUGUACUACCGAACGAUAUAAUAGUUGUGCAGCACUGAGUGAGGUUUUACAAAAACUGUACAGACAGGAAGUAUCAGAUUACCGUGCAGUGCAUAAGAAAACUCCAAACCCCUCAUACGUACCUUAUGGACAAUUGUAUCGCUUCAUGAUGGCACUGGUAGCUGGACGACCUUUACCAAAUCUAUCUGAUUUGUCCUCUGCCGCCAUCCUGGACUUUCUAACUUGUUUGACCUCUAUUGCCAACAUAGCCUCCGACCUUGAUAAUGGAAAGGACACUUGUAAUUCUGCGACAGAUCCUGUUCGUACCCGAAUGAGGGUACAAGUUACAAAUGCUACAAACAUGGUUAAACAGAAAAUCGGUGUAUAUAUGGCCCUUGUUGGUGCUAUACAUGCCAGUUCAUUUCCUAGUAUACGCGAUGAAAUAACCCUUCAAAGAGAUUUUGGUACCCAUCCUCUUACUCCAUUACGUCUACUAUGUCAAGUGAAACAUCCUGACACGAUUUUAGGAUAUCCUCCAAUGGUGAAAUACUUGGUUGAUAAUUCCAUUAUGGAAAUUUGGAAAAUACCGCGGGUUCCAGACACAUAUUUCUUCGGUGAGACGACAUCCGAACCCGUGUCCAAUGAGAUGAUGGCUCCUUUUCAAACCAUCAUGAAUGAUUUUCGUUCGCUGUGCUCUAGUAGAUUACAACUUUCGAAGUUUUUUCGAACGUGGGCUACGUCCAAUGUAAAACGAGGACGUUUCUUCCCAGCAUUACCAUUGCCUUUGGGAGUUAUACCUCGUAAACGUUCAAGGGAAAGCUCUGUUGAGAGUGAUCAGGCAAAGAAGUGCUGUACUGGAAAUCCUUCAAUUACGACUAAGUCGGUAGCAGAAGAGUGCUACACAACAGAAGGGACUACAAGUGGUCAGCAAUCUACAGUUCCUGUUACUAAUAAAGAAAUGGAAGAUACCAAAAAUGUUACACUAACGAAAACAUUUAAUGCCUUUCUUAUACGUUUGUCCUAUGACUAUCUGUCAUAUCACCAGAGAUAUUUGUAA